AUGAGGAGGGAGAACCAGAGCAGCGUGUCCCACUUCCUCCUCCUGGGGCUCCCCAUCCCACCAGAGCAGCAGGGCGUGUUCUUCGCCCUGUUCCUGGGCAUGUACCUGACCACGGUGCUGGGCAACCUGCUCAUCCUCCUGCUCAUCAGGCUGGACUCUCGCCUCCACACCCCCAUGUAUUUCUUCCUCAGCCACCUGGCCCUCGCUGACGUCUCCUUCUCAUCUGUCACCGUCCCAAAGAUGCUGAUGAACAUGCACACUCAGGACCAAUCCAUCCCCAAAGCCGAGUGCAUUUCACGGACUUAUUUUUUCAUAUUCUUUGCUGAUUUAGACAGUUUCCUGAUCAUUUCAAUGGCCUAUGACAGGUAUGUGGCCAUCUGUCACCCUCUCCACUACACCACCAUCAUGAGGGAGGAGCUGUGUGUAUCUCUGUUGGCUGGAUCCCGGCUCCUGUCUUGUGCCAGUGCCCUGUCCCACACCCUCCUCCUGGCUCGCCUGUCCUUCUGUGCUGACAACAUCAUCCCCCACUUCUUCUGUGACCUUGCUGCCCUGCUGAAGCUCUCCUGCUCAGACACCUCUCUCAAUGAUAUUUUCAUCUUCACCAUUGGAGGAUUGAUCAUUACCCUGUCAUUUACUGGUAUUCUAAUCUCUUAUGGCCGCAGUGGGGCCACCAUCCUGAGGUUUCCAUCAGUCAAGGGGAUCUGCAAAGCCCUGUCCACCUGUGGCUCCCAUCUCUCUGUGGUAUUUUUAUUCUAUGGGACAAUUAUGAUAUUGUAUUUUUUCCCACCAUCAAGCACCUCCAAUGACAAAGACAUGAUUGCUUCAGUGAUGUAUACAGUGGUCACCUCCAUGCUGAACCCCUUUAUAUACAGCCUGGGAAACAGAGACAUGAAAGGGACCAAGGGGAAACUUCUCAGAAGGGAGAUCUAUUUCUCCAAGUGA